AUGGAGGAGAGGAGUGUCCUUUUAUUCCCCAAUUUGAUUUCAGGUUACGAACUGUUUUUGAGAAUCAGAAAAAUUCUCCAUCCUUCCCGAUUUGCCUCCCCACCCUCCCGGCGGGUAAAUACACCCAGCUCUAUUCCAUCUGGUAUAGGGCACAGGAAGACUGGGGGCUGUGCGUGCUUCUGCAAAUCUCUGAAAAAGGUUGGGGCCGGAGGAUUUGGGGGCUCCGCUUCCUCUUGCCCCGCAACGUCUGGCGCGCGAAGAGAUAGUGCGAUUCCGGAGGGUCCAGCUUGGAUGCCAGGCCCUCCUCGAGGGUCCACUUUCCCGGGUUCAACCCGCAGGGGCGGCGGCCCCCGGGGGCUUCCGAGGCCCCUCCCACGUCCCUUCACAGAGCAGUGCCUCCUUAGUCCAGAGUGGAGCUGUGCGCCCGGCUCCCAGCCGGACGGGUUUCGUAAUCGCGUCGCGGCCGUUUCCGCCCUCGGCCAGCCCCACCUCUGCCGGCCCGCCCUCGGCUCCCCACCGCGCCGAGGAGCGAGCCCGGGAACCCCACAUUGGCGGGCACCGAGCGGGGGCCCCCCACCAGCUGCCGGACGCCUGGAUGCCGUAGCAGAGCAGAAGAAGAAGAGGAGACGGAUUGACCGGACCAUGAUUGGGGAACCAAUGAAUUUUGUCCACCUGACUCACAUUGGCUCUGGGGAGAUGGGGGCCGGAGAUGGACUUGCCAUGACAGGUGCAGUUCAGGAGCAGAUGAGAUCCAAGGGAAACCGAGACAGGCCGUGGAGCAAUUCUAGGGGCUUGUAGCUCCAAUAGGAAUGGUUCUGCUGUGUGUCCAGCCUUCACUGUGUCCAGCCCAGAAGAGAUGCUGUCCCCACCAGAUGCCCUCCUAGAAUCAGUGACCCCAGGGCCCUUCUUUUCCCUGUCUAAUAGUGCCUCAGAAGACUUGGGGGCUGGACUCCCUCUACUCCCUCUGGCUGUAGCCCCUCCUGGAGAUGGGGUCAAGGCAGCAGGACUGACCAAGUGACUACUAGUUGGCCAGAGGAGCUUAGCUGAAGCCCUGGACACUCUCAGAUCUGAGAUAGGAGUUUUCUGGGAACCUGGAAUGCGUUCCCUUCUCCUGAAUGAUGGUCUAGGUGCCAUAUGUUUUUAAACUCAACCUGGAACUCCUUAAAUGUGGUAGGUGGGUGAGCGAGAUUACCGAAGCUGAAACCGGCUUUGCUGAGAAGCUCCCUACCUCCCUGCCCUUUUCUUUCCUCCUGGAAUGAGCUGAAGCAGACGUCAAGCAGGGGCUGGGAGGUGACCACUGGCUAGCCUACUCUUUCUCUUUAGAUCUCAGACUUUAAGCUCAUAGUCCCUCAGUAUUUCUCUGCCAAUACCAAGGUCUUUCUCUAGGGAGGCCUCUAACCCUAUGUUUCUUUAGCAUUGCUCACCCCCUAAGGUCUUUACUUUUUUAAUUAAAAAAUUAAUUUAAGAUGAUUUCUCUUAAUUAUCCUCAUCCUGCUACUACCUCUCUCCUUAACCCCAACCCUGCCCACAGCCCUACUGUUUCCCAUUGGAUAAGAGUUAAGGGGCCAGUCUUAACCCGAAGACAUUCCAUUAAAGUCUUGGGCACCUCUGCCAACCUCUCUGCUGGCCUAGUCAGAGCAGGAGGGGGAUCUGGAGAGAAACCCAGAAUGCAACAAAACUAGGAGUUAUGUCUCAGGGUAGCCUUACUGAUCAUGGAGGAUGGGAGUGGUGGUGAGAUAAAUAGGUGUAAAACAAUCCUCCUUGAGUAUUCUUAAGGUCCUCACAGCGUGGGAACAGGAAGACCUCUAGAGCAAGUUUUCUCAAAGUAGGCACUUUUGGCAUUUUGGGCUGGAUUAAUUCUUGGAAGUGAGGGACUGUCCUGUGCAGCAUCUCUGGCCCACUGUAGUUAUGACAACCAAAAAUGUCCCCAGACUUGGCCAAAUGUCUCCUAAGGGGCGAAAUCACCUACCGUUGAGAGCCGGUGCUCUAGAGUCAAGAUAUUUUUCUCUUAAGUGAUUUCAACUUAAUCAUCCUAAGUCUGAGCCAUGGAUUAACUAGGGCCCCUUUUAAAGUAGCCUCAAUAGGGCUGCACAUAAUCUCAAAACAUUUCUUUAUUCAGUGUAUUGCUUGUGUUUGCAUGGGUUCAUGUCUCUGUGAUGGACGUCUACUGUGCCUCUUGCCCUUACGCUCUCUGGAGAAGGGGUUCCUGCGGUGUGGAGGCAUGACCAGGGUAUAGGGAGACUGGGGGAGGGAGGGAGAGAAAGCAGUAGAGCAGUAGACAUCCCAGCUUAUCCUCCCCAAAUUUAAAGCUCUGUUUCUGUGCCCCAGUCCUAGAACCAGACGCAAAUAAGACUCAGGGAGUUUUGUCUGAAGACCAAAUCCCACUGCCCACCAUGCUGAAGUCUUUAGGUGGGAAAAUAAUGUUGGAACAGGGUCUUUAGGCACUUUGUUUUCUCAGGUGUACUGGCCCCUUCUUUGCAGGAUGAUUUGGGAGGGCAGAACAGAUGAGCUCCAGCCUGCUGAGAAAGCAGGGGUCUCAUUAGCUGGGUAACGGGAAGCAUCCUGUUUGAUGGGAGUGGGGGUCAGGAGUGUGGGAACUAGAAUCUAUUCUGCUGACUCCACCAGCCUUCCAGUCCGCCCCACCCACAGUGACCAAGGUUCUAAGUUUUUCCAAUUUCAGUGUAUUUCCUGCAGUUUUUUGGUGUCUAAACUUGGUCAUAGAGAUAUCCCAGUUCAGUUCCAGUCUAGCUAGUUGCUCUGAAAGUAGCUCAUCUUGUUGCCCUAAAGUAGCUCAAUAGCCUGAGGGUUAUACUAGAUCUAAAGGGUUAAUAGGAUAGGGCAGAAAGAUGGGGGACUCCUGGACUCUGGUCACCCUGAUCUUGAGCCUUAUUCCUAUUCUUUGGACACAGUCUUUUGUGCUCUCACCUUUAGCUACCUUCUCUAAUGUGUAUGCUGCCAUCACUUGAACAAUAUUUAGAGUGAUGGGAGUGGGUUUGAGAGUCAUAAUUUAUAUUAAAAAGUGUUGGACUUUUAAGUGCAUUUUCAAAUAAAAAAAUUUUAAGUAAAA